GCAGCCUCAAAACCCCACCAACUUGCAAUUUGGCUACUUACUCUCAAAUAAUUAAAGGGUCAAAUACCUUUAUCUCUCUCUCUCUCUCUCUCUCAGUAUAAACAGAAGUAGGGCUGCAUUCUGAUAUAUCUCUCGCUCGUUUCCCUGUCCACAAAAACUUAACAGAAGGGAGAAAAUGGAGCUCCCUACCCAUCAACCUUUCCCAUGGCACUAUCUCCUUGCCUCUCCUGCCUACUUCUCCUAUCCCGCCACCUCAGAAAACUAUGUUCACUGGGCCCAAACACCUGAUUCUCAUGUUUACUCAGCUGAUAUGCCUGGAGUGAGGAAGGAGGAAAUAAAGGUGGAGGUUGAGGAUUCAAUCUACCUUAUUAUUAGAACUGAAGCCAUUGAUGAAUCAACUAAACCUGCCAAGAGCUUCGUGAGGAAAUUUCGACUUCCGGGUUUGGUUGAUAUUAAUGGAAUAUCAGCAGGAUAUGAAGAGGGUGUAUUGACAGUCACCGUACCGAGAUCUUACAGAAGAAGGGGACUCCUUAUUGACCCAACGACCAUUUCAGAUAGGCUAGAAGUUACUGCUAGAGCUGCAUGAAUUAUUAAUCUUCACAUGAUUUGAUUAGCGUCUUAAUUAGCACCUAAUAUUAUUGGAUUUUGAAUUUUUAGCAUAAGUAUGCUAUAUUUGAUCAUUGUUAUUGAUAGAGUUUAAAUUUGAUCAAGAUAUAUUAGAAAGAAAUUGCAGAUGCUACUUGUUGUGCUUCUUUUAUCAUUAUUUAAUCUAAAAUUUAGAUGACAGAAA